AAUGUACCCGGGUCCACCCAGCGACCAAGCGGAAUGUCGAUAAUGGAGUCUACGUCCACCAUCCUCAUCUUUCGAAUACCACCGAUGCCCACGGACCACCUCUCGUUCUCACCACCACCAGCAACACCCGCCCAUGCGUCAAAAAAGUCCCGCGGCGGUCGGGGCCGUUCGGCCACCACGUCCAGCCCAUCCGUCGCGCCCUCCACCGCUAGGUCCCGAUCCAGAAGCACGGCUACAGCCAGCAGCACGAGCGCGACCGCGACCGCAUGCCUCAACACGAAAUUCACCAAAUACUCCGUUGCGGCGCUGCAAGCCGCUCUCGGCAACGACAUCGAGCGGCUGCACUCGUUCGCGGCUAACACCGAGCUGUCGGGCGAGAACAUCCUAUUCCUGAAGAGCGUCGAGAUCUGGAAGGCCAAGUGGCGGCACCACGCCGCGGGCGGGGCCCCCGCCUCCGAGAGCGAGCAACGGCGGCGCCGCGAGGAGGCACAGAAGAUCUGGCGCCGGCUCGUGGACCGCGACACCGCCGCUUUCCCACUCAACAUCGAGGACGCCGUGUACCGGAGCCUGGAGCGGGUAUUCGGCGCGCCCACAGCUUCGUGCACCUCUUUGUCAUCAUCGUCAUCGUCUUCCGUGGCCGCGUCCUCCGCCGAGGAGAAAUCGUGCAUCGUCCCGUUCGCGGACGACGUGACGUGCGGCGGCGGCGGCGUGGGGCUCCACGCCCGCCGCAGGACAACAGGGAACUCGGAUUUCGCCGCGGCCACAGCGGAACUGGUGCUGCUGAAGGAGACGCUGGGGAUCACUGUGAUCGCGCCCGCGCACUCGUCGUCGCCGCCGUCGGAGCACGAGUGGAUGUCGCCGCCGCAGUCGCCCACGCUGCUGCCGGUGCGGAUGGAGGCCGUCGAGAUCACCCUAGAGGUCUUCGAUAAGGCUGAGGCUAGCGUGAGACAGAUGGUCCUCGAGAAUACGUGGAUCAGAUACGUCGACUCGCUGGCGGAGAAGUGUAACGAUGUCAGAGUCUCGGCUGAGUCUCCGCCACCGGCGGGUUGCUCCUCGUGGCGUUGGAAGAGCGUCUUCCGCAAGAAGAGUUACACUAAGUUCUUGGGUGCCGGCGAGCGCGACUGAUUCAUUUUUCAUUUUUUUUCAUCCGAUUUCCUUUUAUUUUUGCUUGUGUUUGCUUCGGAGCGGGUGGAGUUUUGAUUUUUUCCAUGGGUUGGCUGGCUGGGUUCUGUUUUUGGUUCUGUUUUUGGUUUUGGUCUUUGUUUUAUCUGCGUUCACAUUGAUCACGGGCUGGGUUCUGGAGUUGGUGGUGGGUACUUUUUACAUACUACCUGGGGCAGUGGGAUCACUGCUUUUUGCAUGCACGCCGUAUUAGAUUUGUUUUUUGUUUUGGGCGAUAUGUUUUGGGCGAUACUUGUUGGGGGGUCAUGUCGCUAUGUCACUUGCAUCGUGGGAUCUUAGGAUAUUGGGGUCGCGGCAUAUAGAAUAGAAUAGAAUUCUCUACAUCUACAUCUAUCUACAUCUACUGUAUCCAGA